GAGAGAAGUUUACAGCCGAUGCAAUCACCCGAGGGAAAACCACGGCGAAAUGUAAUCAACCUGCCUGUUAUUAAUGUGGACCGGCUCCGUGCAGCCAAGACAAUGGCCGACAAAGCUGUGAGGAUGCGUAAAGUGUUUUCGAUCCAGGGACCGUACCCUGUUGUGCGUGCUGCUCUGAGAGCCAGAGGGUGGGUGGAGCGCAGACUGCCACGCCCCAACAAACCCUGGGCUCGCCGCCGUGGAGACGAGGAGGCUGAAGGGAAUGAUGGCAUACACUCCGCUUUCUUCACCAACAAAUCAGAGCAAGAAGAAAAGGAGGAAGAUCCGGAUGAUUUGCACAAUAUUAUGUCUCGUAUGGUGAGGAAUGAGAUGACGUAUUUCUAUUGGACGACACGUAGGGAUGCCGUGGACUGUCACUCCUUUAGAAAAGACCAGAUGAUCAACCAUUAUGCCAAGGCCGCCACUUUUACCACUAAGGUGGGCUUGUGUGUGAACUUGAGGAACCUUCGCUGGUUUGACGAUGCUGAUCCCGAUACGUUUUUUCCACGCUGCUACAGACUUGGAGCCGAGGAUGAGAAACAUGCUUUCAUUGACGACUUCAGAAGAACAGCCUGCACCAGCCUCCUACAGUGUGUGGUUGAGAGGAGCAGAGGAGAGAAAGGAGAGAGAGGGGAGGAAAGAGAGGGAGGGACCAUCAAGCCAUGUAAACGUCAGGCCAUGUCAGCAGUGCCGUCCAAAAUAAUUGACAGUGCAUUACAAGUGUGCCAGGAAUUCCUGGACAGUUUGGAACACAGUGACAUCGACGUCGCCCUGGAAACGGAGCCCACCUUAACCGAACAACAGUGGUCAGAGUUCCUUCACAGCUACUACCUGGUUGUCCAUGAGGGGUGUGAGAUAGAGAACAGUGGUCUGUAUGUAAACAGCUGCAAUGCCAUGUUGCGAAGACUACGGGAAGUCUGCCCUCAGCUGGAUUCGGACGGUAUUCACAACAUCUGGAUAAUAAAACCUGGGGCCAAAUCCCGCGGCAGAGGCAUCAUGUGUGUCAAGCGACUUGAUGAGAUUCUGAAGCUGGUGGACAGUGAUCCAGUCCUCAUUAAAGACAGCAAAUGGGUCGUGCAGAAGUAUCUGGAGCGUCCCUACCUGGUCCACGGAACCAAGUUUGACCUGCGGCAGUGGUUUCUGGUGACCGACUGGAACCCCCUAACUGUGUGGUUCUAUAAGAAGUGUUACCUCCGGUUCUCAACUCAGCCUUAUUCUGUGGAUAUACUAGACAGCUCAGUUCAUUUGUGCAACAACUCCAUUCAGAAGCACUUUCAGCCCUCUCAGCAGCGCCAACCUGAGGUUCCCGCAGACAACAUGUGGUCCUGUGAGCAGUUCCGAGCGUUCCUGGCGAGUCAGCGGCAGGCCGGACAGUGGGGAAACGUGGUCAUUCCGGGGAUGAAGAAAGCCGUGAUCCACGCCCUCCAGACGGCCCAGGACGCGGUGGAGUCUCGCCGAGGGAGCUUCGAGCUGUACGGCGCUGAUUUUAUGCUGGGUCGUGACCUGCGGCCGUGGCUGAUCGAGAUCAACGCCAGCCCCACCAUGGCUCCGUCCACGGCGGUGACGGCCCGUCUGUGCGCGGCGGUGCAGGAGGACACCCUGCGGGUGGUUCUGGAUCGACGUUUGGACCGCGGAGCCAACACCGGAGGCUUCCAGCUCAUUUACAAACAGGCUGCAGUUGAAGUGCCACAGUACGUGGGUGUCAACCUACUCGUGGAAGGCUCUAAGAUCAAACGGCCGCGCCCGCCACCUCAAAAAGCCCCCGGUCUGUUCGAACCUCGCAGCAACCAGUCAGGAGCGUCCACGUGCAGACACCGUGCUUUCGGCAAAGAGAAUAAGACGGGACCUGAGAAACCCAAAGCAGCACCCAAGAGAUGGAUGAACGCCGUCGCUCGCCAGCUCAACUUCAGCAGCAUUAAAAUACAAGCUCCGUGUUUUCCCCAUCGUUCCGCUCAGAUCGCAGACCCGUACAAACUGCAGCAGGCCCUGGCCGUCGACACACCACAGUCACCUCUUCAUGCGCUAACCCGUUCACUGGACUGCCCCUGGUAUCGGCCUCUGCGUUGUAGUAGCGUGUUGAGGUCGAGAUCGGGUUUGGGUCGUCCCAUCAACGAGACAGACCCAGGCCCUAACAUGCCCCUAGAGAUCUUCAGCCUCCAAGACCGAGACAGGACCAAUCCCGGGCUAGUCUCCAGAACGCUGGGGACGGGCUUCCGGCUGCACGUUUCUCGCCAUCACAACCCCAGGGUGGUUCAUGGUGGCUGUGCCCAGAAGCGUGCCCAGAAUGCCUGA